UUCCCAUUGCCUUGUGUGGCGCAGCCCGGUCUCUGACAGGUGGAUCGAAGUGUGCAAAAACUUCAGCCACAUUCCACUCGGCGCAGCAGAUCCUGAGUUUCGUGCAAACGAUCCGUCGACACAACGAUGUGGAAGUCUGUGGUGGGACACAACGUCAGUGUGAAAGCGGAGGCAGAGGGGGACGACUGGGACACAGAUCCUGAUUUUGUGAACGAUGUGUCCGAGCAGGAGCAGCGAUGGGGUGCGAAGACCAUCGAGGGAUCGGGGCGCAGCGAGCACUUCAGUGUGCACCAGCUGCGGGAGCACGUGUCGAAGGAGCACGAGGAGAAGAAGAAGAAGGAGCUGGCGGAGGGGCCCAAGGCCUCGUACGGCUACGGGGGCAAGUUUGGGGUGGAGAAGGACCGCAUGGACAAGGUUGCCAUGGGGCACGGCUACGUGGCAGAGGUGGACAAGCACUCCUCUCAGACCGACGCGGCUCAAGGGUUCGGGGGGAAGUACGGGGUGCAGAAGGAUCGCAUUGACAAGUCUGCCGUCGGCUUUGAGUACAAGGGGCAGGUGGAGCAGCACGCCUCACAGAAAGAUUACUCAAAGGGCUUUGGAGGGAAGUACGGUGUGGAGCGAGACAAGGUGGAUAAAGCAGCGUUGGGGUACGACUACAAGGCAGAGACAGAGAAACACGAGUCCCAGAAAGAUUACUCAAAGGGCUUUGGAGGGAAGUACGGUGUGGAGCGAGACAAGGUGGAUAAAGCAGCUCUGGGGUACGACUACAAGGCAGAGACAGAGAAACACGAGUCCCAGAAAGAUUACACCAAGGGUUUUGGGGGGCGCUAUGGCGUGCAGACAGACCGCAUGGAUAAGGGCGCCGCCUCCUUCACUGAGAUGGAGGCACCAACGUCCUCCUAUCAGAAAACCCAGCCCGUCGAGGCAUCGAGCAGCGGGGCCAGCAGUCUGAAGGCACGCUUUGAGAACAUGGCCAAGGCGACGGGCGAGGAGGACCGCCGGAGAGCCGAGGAGGAGCGAGCGAGGAGACAGGCCCGUGAGAAGAGAGAGCAGGAGGAGGCACGCAAGAGACAGCAGCAGGAAGCAGAGCUGAGCACCAGAGAGGAGGAGGAGCCUCCUGCUCCAAAAACCCCUGCCAUACCAUCCUCGAGGGUCCCGCAGGCGUCUCCAGCACUGCCCGAGAGACGAAGAGAGGUGCCCGAGCCAGUGCCUGAACUAGAGCCUGAACCCUGCUACAGGCAGGCGGAGGAGCAGGAGGACCCUGAGUACGAGGAGCCCCCCGAUCUGCCCCCCCGCUUGGUGGAGAUGCCCAGCACGAAGGAGGAGGAGGAGGAGGAACCAGGAGUCUACGAAGAUGUUUCAGUAGUCACAAGCACUGACACAGCUGCAGAGAAUGAGUACGAGGAGGCUCCAGCAGGCCUGUGUGCAGUGGCUCUCUAUGAUUACCAGGGAGAGGGUGAUGACGAGAUCUCCUUCGACCCGGACGACAUCAUCAGAGGCAUUGAGAUUGUGGACGAGUCGUGGUGGAAGGGGCAGUGCCGCGGCCGGGUCGGGCUGUUUCCUGCCACAUACGUGGAGCUCAUGCAGUGAGCACCCUCUGUGGACCUGGCUGUCCUCCCAUCUCUCUCUCUCUCGCUCUCUCUUGCUCUCUCUCGCUAUUCUGCCAGUAAUGCAGCAUCGCACUGUAAUCCAGGCAGUUUAAGCUCCUUUUUUAAAUGUAUAAAAGUAUGAAGCAGCAGCAGCUGCGUUUGAACCCCAGCCCCACUCCCCUUGCCAGUGCCCCAGCAGCAGUGUGUUUGAACCCCAGCCCCGCUCCCCUUGCCAGUGCCCCAGCAGCAGUGUGUUUGAACCCCAGCCCCGCUCCCCUUGCCAGUGCCCCAGCAGCAGUGUGUUUGAACCCCAGCUUCGCUCCCCUUGCCAGUGCCUCAGCAGCAGUGUGUUUGAACCCCAGCCCCGCUCCCCUUGCCAGUGCCCCAGCAGCAGUGUGUUUGAACCCCAGCUUCGCUCCCCUUGCCAGUGCCUCAGCAGCAGUGUGUUUGAACCCCAGCCCCGCUCCCCUUGCCAGUGCCCCAGCAGCAGUGUGUUUGAACCCUAGCCCCGCUCCCCUUGCCAGUGCCCCAGCAGCAGUGUGUUUGAACCCCAGCUUCGCUCCCCUUUCCAGUGCCCCAGCAGCAGUGUGUUUGAACCCCAGCCUCGCUCCCCUUGCCAGUGCCCCAGCAGUGGAGUAUUGUCUGCUAUCUUCAUGCUGCACUAGGCCGGGUACUUAGUCAUGCAAUCAUGUCAUUGAAUUCAAUCUAGGCUCAGAUAUUUCAAUAGAAGCCAUAACAAGUUCAGGUAGGACGUGGGGCUCCACAGUCCUCUACCUGAAAGUGGUCAUGUUUAAAAGUAAUUGGGGUUGGGGACUCCCGAGUGGUGCAUCCAGCAAAGGGCUCCACAUGGCAUGCAGGAUGUGCCCUAUAGCCUGGAGAUUGCAGGUUC